AUUCUCUUUCUCCUUUCUAAUAACUGUACAACCUUUCCUUAGUGGGACUGGCCCUCCCCCAUGCUAUAGAAUUCUGGGAGGCAGGGGCUCUCAAUACAGAAUCCCCGUCCACCUUCCUCUCAGGACUGGUCAAUCCCAUGGACACAGAGACUGGCCCAGGGAGAGCACGUGAUCUAAGUCGGACCAAGCAGGGAUUGUUUUAUAAGAGCAAUGACAUAAAUAGUCUGUCUUUCCCAAACGGAAUUAGGAUGACACCUAGUUCUCUCUGUAUCCAGGCACCUCAUUCUCAGGGAAAAAGUACACCUGCAGGAGAAAGCCAAAAAGAGAGAGAAGAGAAGCAGGGCCAAAGGACUUGAGACAGGGGAUAAAGAGAGAGAAAGAGAAACACUAGUCCAGGGUUUCUCAACUUCAGCACUACUGACAUUUUGGGUCCACUAAUGCUUUGGGGGCUAUACUGUACACUGAAGGAUGUUAAACAGCAUCUCUGGCCUCUACCCACUAAAUACCAAUAGCAUACCACCACUCCUACUUGGUUGUGACAACCAAAAAUGUCUCUAAACAUUACCAAAUGUCCCCUAGGGUCAAAAUCACCCCCGGCUGAGAACCACUGCUCUAGACUGACCUAACGUUAUUAGAAGCUUCUGAAUCCCACUCUGUCAGAGUUAAGUUCUCUCUUUUCCAAUCACAUGAGCCAAUACAUUCCCUUCUUGGCGACACUAGUCUGUAUUGGGUUUUCACCAUGCAAUCGAAAAUCUUAAUUAACAUCCCAUCCCUAAUUCCCUCCCUCCCUCCUCAAGCAGCUAUUUCUUUUACCAUAAACUCCACGUAAUUUUACUUGCUGUCUGGGGUUAAGUGAAGGGUGGGUUGAAGAACAGUAAUGUGAAGGUGUAUUAGAAAAAGAACUAGAACCACAAGGGGAGCAGAGAGGCACCGGAUGGCUGCAGACAGAGUCUAGGCCAAAAACACCCAAGUGGAAGCCCUGUUCUACAGAGUGGUGGUUCCUCCUGGUGGUGGCACUCUCCAGCCUGAUUAUCAUCCUACUGGUGGUCUCUGCCCUGAUCUUGCAUGGACAAAAUAAAUACAAGAACUGCAGCACAGGUAAGAGCAUCUCCAACAUGGAGGGGUCCAUGAUCCUAGACAGUGGAGGAUUUGCUGCCCUGGAAAACCACCACCACCACCUUAAUGUCAAGUGUACCUUCUCCAAGAAAAAUGGGACCAGUUCCCUUCCUCAGCCCAGUCAGGGCAGGCUGCGCUACUCAGACAAGGACAUCUGCAGCAAGAAAAAUGGGGCCAUGCUGACCAGGAGCAUGAACCUCAAGGAGAAGUCCUUGGACACAGCCGAGUCCAAGGCCACCAACUCUGACUACAAAGAUGAGCUGCCCAAGCACUCCUUCAUCAACCACUACAUGAGUGACCCUACCUACAACAAUUCCUGGAAGCACCAGACCCUGGCAGCAAGGCCACGGUGCCUUACCACUAUGAGGAGUGCCAGGCGGGUGAGUGUGCACCCUGCUUCCAGACAGCGGUCACCAUGCAGAGCUCAAGUGGCGUCUACAUGCCCCCAGGCCUGGAGCCCGGUGCUCACAUGCUGCUCAUUGGCUUCUCCACUGCUCACUGGCUUCUCCUCAUUUGUGUGAGCAUGAGCUAUAGGGCUGCUAUCAGGGUACAACGGAUGUGGACAAUCACAUGUCUAUUUUUUUUAAGGCAAUCAACUCCAAUAACCUGAGCUAAAGUUUUUGUUUAAAAAAAAAUUUCUGAUAAGUGAUGUUUUUAACUACUUGUGAAUACUAAUUUCAAUUAGAACAGUUUUUUUAAUAGCUUUUUGUAACAUCGCUGCAGGAAGCAGAUUUUGUUCCUUUUUCUUUUCUUUUUACAAGAAGGUGUAUCUCCCUGGUGCAAUGGCAACUGGCACCUCUGUGACUUUAGAGAAACUUAGAGCUCCCUAGUCCUGGGUUCUCCAUCCUAAAGACCACCUAUGAAGACCGGAGAAAACAGCGUGGAGGGAGGUUGCAGGGAAAUCUCAGAGCCACCUCCUGGCUGACUCCUUUCUCUUUUCUACCUCCUCUUUCAGUCGAAUCUCAUUCUUCUCCAUCUUCCAGUAUCUUCCAGCUAGAGUUCACUCCUGGGAUUCCAAUCACAAAUGUUUCACCUGGGCUCAGUACUUUCUGACCCAACUCCUUGAAUUUCUAAAAUAUCCUUACUUGGCAGUCUCUAGACACGGAAUCAGCUCUAAAGUUCCAGGCAACGGGGCACGAGUCUAAGAUAAGGAGGUCCCAUUGGUCCCUGCUGAGACACCGCUGUUGCGUUCUUUGACACUGCAGUGGUAAAAUAUCCGGGGCUCCCUCCACCCUUCUAAACCCGAUUUCUUAGAAAGAAGCUUGAGUGGUGUAAUUGGCUGCCAACUGAAAUGUUGGCGGUCAAAUCCACCAGCAGCUUCAUGGGAGAAAAGACCUGGCGAUCAGCUCCCGUAAGAUUAUAGCCUAGGAAACCCUAUAGGGCAGUUUUACUAUCACAUGGGGUCACUAUGAAUUAGAAUCAAUUUGAUGGCACCCAACAACAACAAUUUUGCCAUAUAAUGCAAAUACAAUCUAUACACCAUAGCAUGGUCUUCCCAAUAUUUUGUUAUAGAACUGAUAUCACCCCAAAUGUCUUAUUUUCCCAACAAGAUUAUAAGUGUCUCAUGGAUGAGCACCUUCCUGUGUAAAUUAACCACUUGUAAAAUACUGUACUAUGCAUAAUAAUUCAGGCAUUUGAAAUCAAUCUGUUUUGCUAUUGUUACAAUGACAUAGUCAUUUUCUGCUCAACGUCAAGGGCACUAUUCCCAGAAUCUAAUGGAAAUAACUGAUUCUUCAAACACUAAUAAGUUUUAAGCAAUUCAAAAUUAAAUUAUAAAGGAAAACAGCUUUCAUGAUAAUAAAACUGGCAUAACCUAAUAACCUGAAUUCUAAAUUGGGAUACAGCAACUUUUCUACCUCAUAAAAUAUACACUAUUGAAAUAUCAAUUCCCUAUAUUUCACUUGAGAAACCAGAAGUCAUAGCCAUUUGCACUUGCUGGGCUGUUCUCCAAAGAAUGUUCCCUGCCAC